AUACUUCAUUGGUUUGAUCUGAAAUUUCUGAUCAAUUUGUGUGAAUUCAAUGAAAUCCGAGAUUUAAGGCAAAUGUUUAAACAAAAGAAAUACAAGAAAUGCGAUCAUUUGGGUCUCAAUGGAGCGAAAAAGUUUGGAUCCAAUUUGUCUUUGUUUUCAAACAAUGAUAAUCACAAAAAUGGCAAUAAAUAUGGUUCAACACAAUCAUUGGCAUCCAAUCAAACGACUCCGAAGAAUAAGCACAGAUAUCAGUCCAAUAAAGAUAUCGUCGAAACUGUAAAACUCCAAAAGAUUUCACAUCUAAGUCAAAGUCGAAUACAAGAGUUUAAGACAUUAGCCAAUGGCGUGAAGGCAAUUGUGGCACAGUUUGGCCACUCCUCAAGACUUGAGAACUUCUGGGAACUCGUUUGCAAUCAAAUGAGAGCCAAUGGCUAUAAAAACUACUCAGUCCUCACCACUAGGAACGUGUUCACGGAGUAUGUCUGCGAUUAUUACUCUCUGAAAGAUAUUAUCCCAAUAGCUUGGGCUCACAGCGCCUUCAUUCAGCAUUUAGAGGAUUCCGAUAAUGAAGUGUUGAAAAAGUUAUUGAAAAUCUUGAACGAUAACGCAAACAUAUCUCUUGUCAAUGAAAAUCCUUACCACAAUCCGUCUAAUCGGAUUGAGUUUAUGAGGCGUCGGAAUGCAUACCUCGACACCGAGGCCUCCGUUUAUGUCUCCAAAGCACUCCUCUGUGACGAUAACCCAAACAUUUUAAUACAUAUGGCAAACAAUAUAUGGAACACUCAGAAACACCUGGCUAUGGCCUCGUCCAAGACAAUCACUGACUCCUAUUUUGUGUCCACUAUUUCAAGACUAAAUAACUGGUAUUAUGAAUAA